UGAAUUUUCGUUGCGCCCGAGACCAACCCCUAGUUAUAUAUUGAGGACGUCGGUUAGUAGCUGAUGUUGUCGUUGUUUCAUUGCCGCCGAAACAUAAGGACUCGAGUAUCUAUUCAACUGUUGCAUCACAUUUAAUAAUACAUCUCUUAAGUAUUACCUAGUCCCACCAACUUAAGAGAUCACAGCCUACAUUUUUGCACCCUUCGAAAGUUCCAUCCCAAAUCAUUUUCCAAGAAUUAUUUCCCCAUAUCCCAUUAACAGUUCACAAUUUACUUACCGAAAUGGACGUAGAUUUUCAAUUCGCUGAACCACACCUGACUUCUUGCGAACGAGCUAUGCUGAACGUUCUCCAAGCCACCCUUCAGUACCCGGCCGAUUCGCAGUUAAAUGUUACCAAGUUAUGUAGCGAUAUUCAGUUCUUUUGCAACUCUCAGCAGGAAAAUACAGCUUCUGGUAGACAUCUCUGGGAAAUCUGGUCUGUAGUUAUCGAGAUGGUCCAAUAUAUUUCACCGGACCACCCCUGGCAAGACGUCCUAGUUCGAUGCCUUGGAAGUCUCCGCCGCCGAGAGGGUCACGUCCCUAAGCAUGGAGCAUAUAUGUGGAAAGACCUUCCAGACUUAACGAUGCGCUUGAGAGAGAAUUGGAAUGACCCGACAGAAACGGGUGAAGAGCUGCCCGAAGAAUUCACCAAGUGGAAAAACUUGAACUCUUUUGUGGCUCGGAUCACAAGUACGGACUUUGCCCCUUGGCUCGUUUUCCCUAUCUGGCAGCUUACCAUGGCACUCGAGAAGCCACCCGUGGCAGGCGGUGCGAUGGAAUGUCGGGUAUGGGUGGCAACUGAAUGGAUCAUAAAUUGUGCAGCUGUGCUAUUCGAAGAGAUGAACUCCAUAGAGCAAUUAGAUGACAGCACAGCUCGUGCAUUUAUGACGGGCCCUCUUUGCGACACUCAAGAGCCGCUGAGUAUCAAACGGUGGCACUUUUGGAAGAGACGAUUGCUGGGACUUUCUGCUGAUACUGGAGACUUGGCACUUGGUAGCGUGGCACGCGACCGGAUGUCAAAUACUGUGGAAAUUAUGGAUUGUACUGAGAAAUAAAACAGCGAGUUUUUCCAAAGUAGCACAAUCCCGUACCAAGCAACUACGUACUAUAUUGUUGACAUAGACUUUAUGUUGAAGAAACAACUCAUAUGAUAUGGUCAACAGUUAGGUUUGGGGCAAAUAUUUGCGUCAUGUUGUCUUGUUUUAAAAAAUAGUUAGCACUUGAUUUUAUCACCCGCCGUCUAAUAGCCAUGAGGACUUCAUAGAAGUGUUGCAAC